AAUGAAGAGAGUGUUGUACUCGGUAUUACAAAUACGACAUAUUAUGAAGAAAGUACUACAUACUUUGUAUAUGCUUUGUUCUCUUUACCUAAUUUUCCCUUCCCUUCCUUUCCUUACAAGUCGAGACCACUAAUAAGCUGGCUUCAUAAAUCAGAUAGGUGGGCUAGGCCCAUAUCCUUAUGUACGUACCAUUUUUUUUAACUCGAUUAAAAUUAUUACUAACUAUAAUUUGCAUUGUUUUUAUUGAAUUAAACCAAAAAUUUUGAUCAAAAGUAAUUUUUACUUGCACUAAUUUUUAGGGAAGAAGUGAGUUUGCUUGAGUUUGAGCUUAACCAAAACUCUAGUUUUUUUUUUUGUUUUUUUUUAUUAAUUAAUCUAACUUUGAAAAUAUUUUACUUUUGGUAAAUGAGUUUAAAACAAUCCACCACAAGAAUGCUAUAACAGCGAGGUGAUUAUUCUGAUCAAGUGUUGGUGAUAUGAUCUCUUUCAUUCUUUAUUUAUGAAAGGUUGUAUCAUUCAAAAUUAGAAAGAUAUAUCACUAAUUUAGGAGUACUUGUCGUGAAGACAUGCCGUUUCAAAUGAAGGAUCACAUGAAUUUGCAUAUACAAAUCAAGAGUAUUACGUAAGAGACAUAAAAAUGGAAGUUCCAUGAGUGUAACUAGACAACUAGUAGGUAUUUGGCACCUUUUAGAUUUUCUGUUGUGUAAUGCAGUUAUGUGUGGACUCGUAAGAGGAAGUAAAUUCGGCAUGAUGUGAUGUGUUUCAAAACACAUCACAGGGGCAAUUCUGUAAAUACCACUACAAGAAAUAUCCGUUUUAGCGACUAUUAUUUGCGACGGAUAAAAAAUUUAGUCGCUAAAUAAAUUUUAGCGAUUGAAAGCGACAAGCGGUCGUAAAAACUGCGACUACAUUAGCACAGGUCGCUACGCCGUCGCGAACUUGCGACUGAUGUCCCAUUUCUGCGACUAAAUCGUUGUCGCACAAACCUGAAUUAAUUAACUUUUUUUAAAACAACUAUUGCGACUACGAUGUGCGACAAUUAUAGCAGUCGCCAACUUGUUUUUUAAUAUAUUGUUAAAAAUUAACAAAAUAUCUUACCUUCUGCCUUUCUUUCAUUUUCGCAUAACGGAGGGUUUUCCCUCAACUUCAUUUCCAUCCCCGCCGCCCAACAUCUCCGCCCUACAUCUCCGCCCCACAUCUUCGCCGUCCCACGUCUCCGUUGUGUCAUCAAAACUCUGUCAUCUUCUCCAGCACCGUGUUUGCGACCAAUUCUUUGACAAUGAAGGGUUUCAUGAGAGCUUCGAAAAGUGGUCGAGGUCGAGGCGGUGGUCGGAGCACUUAUAUGAUUACACAACCAUUACCACCUUCUCCACCUCCACCUCCACCGCCACCGCCACCGCCACCGCCACCGCCACCGCAAAUUGAUGGGCUGGAGCAGGGAAAGAUUGAGCUGACACCUGAUGGGUUAUGGUUUUGCAAUCAUGGAGUUGCUGGUUGUGUCACGAAGGCUUGGAAAGCGCACUACAAUUACCCUUACUUGAACUAUAAGGAGGUGCCACUUGUGGUGAAGGAUCGCUGGUUCAAUGAGUUUAAGCGUGGAUAUACUUGGAGACCUGAGUUCAAUAUUAAGGCUAGGAAAGAUUUUGAUGCAAAAUGUUCGGAUCGCCUAAGGGAUACAAUGAACAAAGUUGCUAGUAUUCCUAUUCAUAAGGAUAUUGAUUUCAUGCUUGGUGAUGUUCGGGCUGCAUAUAUGAAGAGGCGGGAAGAUCCAGAAUUUAAGAUACGUUCUAAGAGAGCCAAGGCUAAUAGAUUAUCUGGCCAAACUGAAGAUAGUUUUGACCCUGGCCAUCGUCAAGGUAGCAUUUCUACUCCUAUGGUCGUUGCAAAAAUGGCGAGCCUUAACAAUGGAGUUUUACCAACCGCUGCUGAUGUUUAUGAGAAGACACAUUCUAUUCCCGUGGGUGACGAGGGUGAAACUGAUUUGAUUGGUGAAAAGGCAAUUGAAAUCAUGGAAGAAUAUAAUGACAAACUGGAGGCAUGUAAGAGUAAAGGAAUUGAGGUAGACCCGAACGAUUUAUACCUAGAGGUUGUAGGUGGGAAAAAGAAAGGCAAAGUUUAUGGUUUAGGGAGUGCUUCACAUAUGUAUUGCAAGCAUCUUUCUUCUCACUCUACUGCAUCACCUUCUACACCUUCCAUUACUUCUCAAUUAAGCUCUCAAGUUGAAGAAUUAAAGAAGAUGGUAGAAGAAACCCAAAAAGUGGCAGUGGAAUCCCAUAAAGUGGCAGCGGAAGCCCAAAAACUGGCAUCGGAAAGCUUAAAUUUGGCUAGAGAAACUGCUGAAAACUAUAAGAUUGAAAAGGCCGAAUGGCAGAAAGAGAUGAGGGAGAUGGCAGCAAUAAUCCUUUCUGUUCGGCGUAAUUCAACCGCUACUCCUACCAUUACUCCUACUCCUAACACUACUCUUACCGGCUUUCAUGACCCAUAGGGAUCCAUCGGGACAAGGUUCCUCAUACGUCACACAUGCUACAAGACUUGGUUGAAUUUUUUGCUUUGGAGUGAUGAUUUGGAACGGUCAUUUUGUGAAUAUAACUAGCUUGCUCAUUUGGAGGUAAUUUUGUGAACGUCUAACAUGCUCGAUUUGGAGUAAUUUUGUGAAUGUCAUUAGUUGUGUGCCCAUUUUGGAGGUAAUUUUGUAAAGGACUAACAUGAUCAUUUUGGAGGUAUUUUGUAAAUGUCUAAUACAUUUUAGGAGGUGAUUCUUGAAACCGUUAGUGGUAAGGUUCAAAACUAUGUAUUUGAACAAUUUAUCUAGUGAAUGAAAAAUCAUGAAAUAUUCAGGUU